AUGGCUACGUUAGAAUCAGCUAUUGCUGGUGCGGUUUCCUCCGCUCUGGCUAAUGCCGUGGUGUACCCUCUUGACCUCUCCAAAACGUUGAUUCAGUCGCAGACCAGAAAGGAAACUGCUACAGAGUCACAGGGGAAGGGUCCUACAAUUGCUCACCCAGAGAAGAAGUACCGUAACGUCAUCGACUGCAUGGUGGAUAUCUUGAAACAGAAGGGGCCCAGGGGACUGUACCAGGGGUUGACCGCGUCUACCGUAGGCACUUUUGUCAUGAACUUCUGCUAUUUCUUCUGGUACACCCUUUUCAGGCAACGAUACAUCAAUAUGAAACUGAGGCAGAAUCUCGUGUCGCAUCGGAAACUGGCCUUGUCCACACUUGAGGAAUUGGCCAUUGGUGUAGUGGCAGCGGCCAUGUCCCAGGUGUUCACUAGCCCCAUCGCAGUGAUAGCUACGAGACAACAGACUAGCCAUGACCCGGAGCAGGCAAAGAUGAUCAAUGUAAUCAAACAGGUUUACAAAGAGAGUAACGGUGAUAUAACGGCGUUCUGGAAGGGCCUAAAAGUUGGUCUGAUGCUGACACUGAACCCAUCGAUCACGUACGCGUCGUACCAAAGACUCAAGAAAAUACUGUUCCACAGAGGAGAGACUUCUGGAAGCGAUACUUUGACUGUGUCGCAAAAUUUUACGCUAGGUGUCAUAUCUAAAAUGAUUUCCACUUUGGCGACACAGCCGUUGAUCGUCGCAAAGGCCUCGCUACAGAGAGCCGGGUCAAAAUUUAAGACUUUCCAAGAGGUAUUACUUCACUACUACAAGGAUGAGGGACUGCAUGGACUUUGGAAAGGUGUUAUACCGCAACUGGUGAAGGGUGUGCUUGUUCAAGGGUUGCUGUUUGCGUUCAGGGGUGAGUUGAUCAAACUUAUCAAUAAACUGCUAUUUUACAGCUCUCUGAUCUCAAAACGGAAGAUCAAAGCCGCGUAA